CCGGCCGGCCGGGGGCCAGCCUGGAGGAGGAGGUGCCCCGGGCCCGAGGAGCCCGAGGGGGGGCGCCUGCGCCCCCUUGGCGGGGAUUUGCCCGGAGCAGUCGGUCGUGGAAGAGCAGGAUGCUGUCAGUUUAGCCCGGCGCCGCCGGGCACCCGGCGGGGGCCAGACGGGGGACGUUGACCAACGCAUCGCUUCGGGCGUUACAACUUUUGGCUUCGGGUGUUUGUGUGCGUGUUGAUAUGUGGAAGCUUGCACUUUCUGACCAGCAAUUUUAGAUUGCAUUCCGCGGGCACGAUUUUCUGAUCUGGGGUUAGGGUUUUGGCAUCCAGAUUUUUUUUUUUCCCUUCUUUUUUUCUCUCCGGGAAAGACAGAACAAAUGAUUUGUGGAAACAUCCAUUUGCCAGUGUAAUUUGGAAAUCUCAAACUUGCUUUGACUUGGCCAUGGUAUGCUAUUUAUUUUAUUUUAUUUUAUUUUAUUUUAUUUUAUUUUAUUUUAUUUUAUUUUAUAUUUCACUUUAUUUUAUAUUUCACUUUAUUUUCCUGUUUGUUGGUGCUCUCCUUUCAUCUCCCCUGAACUUCGGCUCCCCCAGAUAUUUGAAAAUCGAAAGUUAAGUUCAGCUAGGAAUAGUUAUGCCCUGGGUCAUCCCAUCAAAAGUUUUUCAGUGCUGUCCACUGACAUGGCAGACUGCCUUUAAUUUGGAUUCUGAAGCCAGGGUGACACGAAGGGGGUCAAAAUGAGAAGGAGGGAUGUUUACAGAAAGGCGCUCAUCCGGUGACACUUGGGACCCUGGAAUUGCCCAGACUGCGAGGUUAGAUGACUGCCUUUUGCUCACAAAUAUUGCCAAGAGAGAGGGCGGUUACUCUGCCAGAUAAAAUCCACCGAAACCUGCACUUAAACUUUUGGCAGGCUGAGAGCCACAUUAUUUCAUAGUAAACUUUGAAGGAGCGUUUAAGUGGUAAAAUACGCGCCCUUGGAGGCUGAGCUAGUCGGAACACUUAGUAUAGUUGAGGCCAGGAACCCUGGCUGGUUUGGGAGGUUUCUCAAUGAAAAUGUAAAGCUCCAAAUGCAAAAUGCAGACUGUCCCUUAGAUGCUGGGAGAGGCUAACCUUUGCCAUCAGUUUUCAUACUGAGGAUUAACCUGCAGAGGGCAUUGCAUUUAGCAGAAGCAGAUGCCCCACAGCCUGUUUCCAAGCCUCCCCGGGUCUUUGGAUUUGUGGGGAGUGGGUUCACAUGAACAGAACCUGAGACACCAGGCCAGUUCCCCAGGGUCUCAAACAGACGAAACAAGAGAAGAGACCUUUAGUCUUGGACACAAGGUCUUAGGUGACCGGCCUCUAACCUCCUUGUCUUAUUAAGAGAAUAUCAACAUGGAGUCUGAGUGAUUGACCAAAGCACUUUCAGACCAUGCUGAAGUCUAAAUUGAAUGUCCUGACACUGAAGAAGGACCCCCUCCCAGCAGUCAUCUUCCACGAGCCUGAGGCCAUUGAGCUGUGCACCACUACACCCCUGAUGAAGACCAGGACUCACAGUGGCUGCAAGGUUACCUACCUGGGUAAAGUCCCCACCACAGGCAUGCAGUUCCUGUCAGGCUGCACAGAAAAGCCAGUCAUCGAGCUCUGGAAGAAACACACGCUAGCCCGAGAAGAUGUCUUUCCCGCCAACGCCCUCCUGGAAAUCCGACCAUUCCAAGUGUGGCUCCAUCACCUCGACCACAAAGGUGAAGCCACGGUCCACAUGGAUACCUUCCAGGUGGCGCGCAUUGCCUACUGCACCGCCGACCACAACGUGAGCCCCAACAUCUUCGCCUGGGUUUACAGGGAGAUCAAUGACGACCUGUCCUACCAAAUGGACUGCCAUGCUGUCGAGUGCGAGAGCAAGCUCGAGGCCAAGAAGCUGGCCCACGCCAUGAUGGAGGCCUUCAAGAAGACUUUCCACAGUAUGAAGAGCGAUGGUCGGAUCCAUAGGAACAGCUCAUCGGAAGAAGUUUCCCAGGAAUUGGAAUCCGACGACGGCUGAAUGGACUUAGCAUGCUUCGGCAAGGCAGCACUGGUCGAGGAAUUCAAGAUGAUAGAUGAAUAAGCAACGAUUCAAAUUUGGGAAGUAAAGACUGCCACGCUAUUGGCUGACCAAGCUUUUUUAAAUUCAGAAGAGCAAUUCUAAAUCUAAAGAAAUGUAUUAUUAAAGUAAUUACGUUACAUUGAAAUCUGCUGCUGCUGUGACUGUGGGGAGGGUGGGCGUGCAGACGGGGAGGAAAGUUCUAGACUCUCUUCCUCCCCCCACCCCUCAUUUCCCAAUGCCUCCCUGUAGGAGCUCUCCAUGCCGGUUGUCACCACUCUCAGGCAAAUACACUGCGGCUGUUAUUUGAUGAGCCAUUCCAGUUUGCCUUACGGACCCCAGCCAGAAUGUUUGGUGCCCCUGGAGGAUCCCUAGUCGUGGGUGGGGGGGGUGGGGGGUACAGAUGGCCGCAGAGCCAAGGGAACACUCCAGGCUCAUCCUGAGAGCCCCUCUCCCUGGCAUGGUUCAGAUUCUCUCCUCAGUAAGCGAAUCAGCACAGCCUUUAUUUAGCUUUACAACUAACAACCUGGUAGCUGGUAGUUGAUUCAGUUAAAGAUAAUGCUUUUAUUUACAUAAAUAUAUCAAGUAGUACCCUCUUAUUGUACUCACUUCAUCUAUUUUCUUGGAAUACUCACAACUGCUAAUAGCUGCCUUCCUUAUCCCUCCUCAUCCACCCUCUUUCCCCUUCCAACCCAGCCUACGUCCCUAAGGGAUGGAUUCUCAGCAUACACUGCAGGACACAAAAAGGGAAGAAAAUAACCAAGCAUCUGAAAUAACCAGUCGAGCAAAGUGGGAGUUUAAAAACAACCACCACGACCACAGAAACUUUGGAAAAAGGGAACGAGUUAUCAGCAAGUGAGCAAAAACUCCACGCGGGCUGUCCUUUUUUCAGGUCUGAUUUACAGUAACUUGUUUAGUUAAUGGUCCUGCCUGAGGAAUCCUUCCUGGCAAGCUUCAGAUCUGAUCGGGCGUCGCCAAGGAAGCCUUGCCGCCUUCACUCAAUGUUGUACUCGAAUAGAGAAUGUGUUGUGUACAACUGGCUUGUCUAGACAAACUGUGUCUGUCUUCAUCUAAAAGGAAAUCUGACCUUGUCAUCUUCAAAUUGGUGAGACCUUAGAGUCAGAGUUUCCAGUCUGUUCACUGUUUCUAAUGAGAGAUUCUCACCGAGAGAGCCUGAGGUUUCUCAGUUCCGGGGCUCUUUAAAUAUCAUAAACACAAAGUCAACGCUGAAUGAAAUUGAAAAGCGUUGGUUAAAAUGCAUACAUUUAAAGCCGGGAGCAGAUGGCUAGUGUUCCAGGUAAUGCUGCUCCUUGAUUAAAGUCUGUUUUUCAUCCUGGUAAUUAAUGUUAGGGGACACUGGGGGACCUUACAGAAGCCUUAAAUGAGAGCUCAUUGAAUCCAGAGAGUAAUGGGGUCGGUGUUUUGGUCUGUGUAUCUGCGUGUCCGUGUACGCGUUUGUGUGUGUGUACGUGUGCCCCGGUGUGUGGGUUCAGUUUUAAGGCAUGUAGAAUAAGCAUGGAGUCGUAUUGAGAAGAACUUGCCUCUUGGAGAUAUUGCUUGCUGCUCUACAGCACAUGUAAACUAUUCUUUAGCGUAAAUGCAUUCAUUCUUUAAUAAAAAAUAUGUUUGCAUUAAUAAAGCUGAGGACUUUCA